ACUUUGUUCUAUGCAACUCUGUCUGAUAAUAUUCUGCAUUUCAUUUUGAGUCAUUUAUUAAAAAUGAAAUUCAGCAUCCAUCACCACAUUCAUCAGAUCAAAGCACGGUAAUGCACGAGCGCUGCUUACUCCAAUAUGCCUGCCCUCCAAGCUUGAGUUCACAGGAAGCCAUUGUGACUCCCACACUCGUGGAUCUCAGUUCGAUAUUACCCACAGGAAUAGGAAUAGGAUAGUCAGAACAUCUGUACUUAAAUAUUUCUAGCAUGAAAAGUGAAUCCAAAAUAAACCUUGGUGCAUGCCUUAAAUAACACAAACUUGCCUGGAAAACUACCCAAGGCCUCCAGCCCCCCGCCGCCCCCCUUCAGAGUUUGUAUGGAGCCCACAGGUCAUUUUUUACCCUGUUACCCUCUAGUGACUUAAUCCAGCCCUGCCCCCCAUCAUUUCAAAGACCACAGCAUUAUAACUACUACUCACAUGGGGGGGGGGUUGAAACGUUUAAGUUAUAUUUUAGUUAUACUGAUUACUCUCCACUGUGAUAACAGGUCAGAAAAAAUGCGGGUUUUGUUGGAUAAAAUGUUCCAUUACACUAUCAGUCCUCACCACUUUCUGCUGAUAACCACCUGCCAGCGCAAGUUUUUAUUUAGUUUUUUAAAUUUAUGUAUUAUAUGAUAAGAAAGCAGGGAAAUCUAAAGUGAACUGAGAUGGAUCAGCCCGCGCUGGGAACAUUCUUCGUGCCUGCUCUGACAUGUGGGCGCACACGCAGUGUCGGUUGUCAGCUGUCCAGUUGUGCGCUCUCGCUGGAGAGGCUUUUUCUGCUGGGAACUUUCUGUAAGUGAGUCAACACCGCACAGGGAGGACGCCACCCAGCCCUGCCGCUGGAUCUUAUGCUGGGCUUCUCUCUUCUCCUUCGAGGACGCAGGGCACAAAGACGAAUCCGCUUGGGUCGACAGGCUGGGGAUUUCGGUGUUUUCUGCUCCCACGCAGCGCCGGGGAUGGUUAUUGUCGCUUUGACGCGGCUUUUUCCUCUUUGGAAUUAACGCGGCGGAGGAAAAAAAAGGAAAGAAAUGAAAGUGACGGUGUGCUUCGGAAGGACCCGGGUGGUCGUUCCGUGUGGAGAUGGGAAUGUAAAAGUCCAGAGUCUUAUCGAACAAGCGGCCAUGAGGUACAAAAAGGCGAUCGCAAAGGACCCCAGCUACUGGGUUCAGGUGAACAGGUUGGAACAUGGCGAUGGCGGCAUUUUGGACCAGGAUGAUAUGCUAUGCGAUGUGGUGGAUGACAAAGAUAGGCUGGUUGCAAUAUAUGAAGAGCAGGAUCCACACAAUGGAGGCGACGGUACCAGCGCCAGUUCCACAGGUACACAAAGCCCAGAACCCUUCGCCAGUGAGAUUAAUUCAGCAUCAGCCUUCCAGCCCUACCAGGCGAAUAGUGAGAUUGAAGUCACCCCAUCUGCUCUGCUAUCCAACAUGUCUCUCAAUGUCCGUCGCAGCAGUGAUCCUGCACUGGCUGACUUUCCUCCAGGCGAGGCCCCGGUUGCUCCAGAAGAACCGUCCAGAAAAAAUCCAGCUCGCUGGUCCACAACCGCUGGUUUCCAGAAGCCCAACCAUAAACGAAACCCCAGCAAUGAAACGGGGAGCCUUGAACGAAAGGGCAGAGGAGCCCAUGCCUACCGUAGUCUUCCUCGUGAUGCGAGUGGCUGGUCCACUCAGUUCCAAAGAGAGAUGACUCGAUCUUCCCUUAGUGCCAACCAUCCAAUGGUAGAUCGAUGGCUCGAUCGACAAGAACAGGAGGAGGAUGAGGAUGAGGAAGAGGAGCAAAGGAGACACGAGAGGAGAAUCGAGCGGACGGAGCCAGUAGGAAGGGCCGAUUCCUCACUGGAACAUUCACCAGUGUUUCAUAUAGAAAGCAUGCUCAAGCCCGUCGAGGUGUCCAAUGAAGGUGGGCCCCUGGGGAUCCACGUAGUGCCUUUCAGUUCACAUGAUAUCAGGACACAGGGCUUGCUAGUGAAGCGUUUGGAGCCCGGAGGCAAAGCAGAGCAGGAGCGUCUCUUCCAGGAGAACGACUGCAUCGUCAGAAUUAAUCAGGGAGACAUUCGCAACCUGCGCUUUGAACAAGCACAGAACAUUUUCAAGCAGGCAAUGCGUUCCCCGGUUAUCCUUUUCCACGUGGUCCCUGCAGCCAUGAAGAAGCAAUAUGAGCUGCUGUCGGCACAGAAUGAGCUGAGCAGCCCACCUCAGCUGAACAGGGUUCGCUUCAGCCAGGAGUCUCAACAGCCAGCAGACAGGUCCAGUCUGACUGGGGGGCUGACGCCCAGAUCGGGACAACAAUCGGGCCUCAAUCACAACCACCAUGGCUCACUGGCAGGGAGCACCCCAGACUCGAGUAGACGCUUUGCCACUCCACCCCACAUUUUGGUCUCCAGGACCCCGUCAGCCCCUUCCCCCAACCUGCAGCGCAGGAUAAGCACAAACGCCCCCAGCACCACCUACCUAAAGAACAAAGGUCGCAGGUUCAACGUCCAACUGAAGAAAGGUCCGGAGGGUCUCGGAUUCAGCAUCACAUCCAGAGAUGUCCCGAUUGGCGGCAGCGCUCCAAUUUAUGUUAAAAACAUCCUUCCUCAAGGCGCCGCCAUCCAAGACGGUCGACUUAAAGCUGGAGACCGGCUGCUGGAGGUUAGUGGAGUGGACCUAAAUGGUAAAAGCCAGGAAGAGGUGGUAGCCCUGCUCCGAGCUACACCCAUGGGUGGAACCGUGAACCUGCUGGUGAUUCGCCCAGAGGACUCCCUGCUGCCCCGAGAAGUGCAAGAGAAAGAUGACAUCGUGUUAACCCCUGACGGUACACAAGAGUUCAUGACCUUUGAGAUCCCUCUGAAUGACUCGGGUUCAGCAGGCUUGGGGGUCAGCGUCAAAGGAAACCGGUCCAAGGAGAACCACGCCGACUUGGGCAUCUUCGUCAAAUCCAUUAUUAAUGGAGGUGCUGCUAGCAAGGAUGGCCGUCUGCAUGUUAACGACCAGCUUAUUGCAGUCAAUGGGGAGUCGCUGCUCGAGAAGACAAAUCAGGAGGCCAUGGAAACGCUGCGCAAAUCAAUGUCUGUAGAGGGUAACAAGCGAGGGAUGAUCCAGCUCAUCGUGGCCCGGCGGGUGGCCAAGAGCAGCGAGGAAGUCCCUGGCAGCCCUUCAUUUUUAGAGCAUCCUCUCAACUCUAUUCUGGAGAGCCAUGAACGACGGAUCUCCAACUCUCUCUAUGAAACCACUGAGGGCCCAGACAGCGUCUCCACUCCACGAGCUAAUACGAUCGGACGCAUUGGUCGCUUCCAGCUCUCUCCGACUGUGAACAUGCCACAGGACGACAUAGUAAUGAUCGAAGACGACAGGCCACCGCUGCUCCCUCCCCACCUGUCUGACCAGUCGUCAUCCAGCUCCCAUGAUGACAUGGGUUUUGUGGGAGAAAACCCAGUUCCCUGGAUUCAUGAGCUGCCCGGACAGAAUGAAUGCUCGCUCAGUCCGGACGCAGACCCUGACACUUCAUUCCAGAGGGAGGGGUUUGGUCGCCAGAGUAUGUCGGAAAAGCGCACGAAGCAGUACGAGAAUCCUGCACAGCUGGAGAUCAUCAAGUCUCGCAAGUCCAAGAGCAUGGAUUUAGGUUCUGCAGAACAGCAGUUCGGGCCUUCACUGGGCCUGAAAAAAUCCAGCUCCUUGGAAAGCCUCCAGACGGCUGUUGCUGGGACAGUGCAGAAUGGCGAGAUCAACGUUCGCAGGUCGCGCUCGAGGAUCGUCAGGAGCCGAGGCUGCAAUGAGAGUUUCCGUGCUGCGAUUGACAAAUCGUACGAGAAACCUGCUGUUACUGCGCCAGAAGAGGAGAACAGUGUGGACACAUUGGAUGAUGACACAAGCUCCCGAUCGGGUCAAGAGUCCAUGUCCACCAGUGGUGACCUCACUUUGGGCCCCGGGCUGAAUGGCAGAGACGACAGACAGAAAGAUCAGGAGAAGUCUGGGAUGAAGGAGAAAAAGAAGCCAGAAAGGGAGAAAGACAAAGACAAGGACAAAAAUAAAUCCAAGAAAGGCGUGCUGAAGGGCUUGUUCAGGUUUGGAAAGAACCGGAAGGAUGAGCGGCCGGAUGACAAGAUGGAGAGGAGGAGCUCCACUAAAUCCAAAGCAGAGGACAUGCAGGCAUCAGAAGAGGAGACCCAGCAGAUGAGGCUGGAACAAGAGAGAAUACAGGCCAAGACGCGGGAACUCCGUGAGAAGCAGGCAAAAGAGAGAGAGUACGCAGAGAUCCAAGAUGUCGUCAGCCGCACCUUCAGCUCAGACGAGGACCACACUUACGCCGGCAUUGGAUCGCUGUGCUCGUCAAUAGACAGCAGCACCAUAGACCCUUACAGCCACCCCUACCAUCUCCCCCAGAGUCCUCAGAGCCCGCAUCCUCCUUCCCUGAACCUUCAAGACAACGGUCCUCCCUUGGAGGCGCUGUACGCGCAGGUCAACAAGCCUCGCAAUGGACGCCCCGCAGCUCCAGACAGCAGUCAAAUGGCGCCUAGUAACCAUGACCGGAUACAGAGACUGAGGAAUGAGUUCCAGCAGGCCAAGCAGGAGGACGACGUAGAGGACCAUCAGCACACCUACGGCUUCAACCAGUCCUGGGCCAGCAACGGGACGGAGACAUCAAGUGGACGGCAUUCUGUAACGGUUGAGACUCAGGUCCAGAAACAGCAGCAAGAGGACAGAGAUGAUUUCCCACAAGCACAGAGACAGUACAAUUCCCUGCCACGGCAACCUCGCAAGAACAACAGCGCAGCAUCCCAGGACUCGUGGGACAAGAUGUACAUGCCAGCAGAGGGAUUUCAGCCAUCCAAGGAAAAUCCUCGCUACUCCGGGGGCCAGGGGUCACGUAACGGCUACCUGGGAACACCCAGUAUUAAUGCUCGCGUCUUCCUCGAGACCCAGGAGUUGCUGAGGCAGGAGGAAAGGCGUCGAGAGCAGGAGGCCAGCAAAGCCAGGCCGCCUCCUGCACAGGAAACCCCCAGCGGGGUCACCUUUGACCAGAACAGAGACAGCACUCAAGCCACUGGCUCUGCCAUAGCUCGGGCCCUCUCAAAACCCAAGGGGCCCUACAGACAGGACGUGCCCCCAUCACCGUCCCAAAUCGCCAAGCUCAGCAGGCAUCAGAGUUCAGUGAAGGGAAGGCUGUUUUAUUCCUGAGAGGGUGAAAAGGAAGAAUAUGGAUGUCUUUAAGGAGACGAGGACUGAUCCUAACAAGCAUUUACAGGGAAAAAAAAAAAAAAAACAAGAUUUGUGGGGGUUUUUUUAAAUAAAAAUAUGAGAUAUAAAGAUUUUUAUAGGACUGCUGUUAAAAAUGUUUAUAUUUAAAGAAAGAUUUUUUUUAAUUAAGAACCGUGGUCCUUUUUAAGCUGUUUUAUAGUCCAGCAUUGUGAUCAUUCAUACCUUGUAUGUUUAUCCUUUAAGUGCCUUUAAAGUCAUUUGAUUGUUUGGCGUUUUUGACUCAUGAUCUGCCGUUUUGACCCAUCUAACACACCCGGAAAAAACUGCCAUCACAACAGGGGACUGGUUGAGGGGAUCUCAGCAGGGCUGUACCGAAACAGUCGGAACCUAAUGGGCAAGACUCAGUCCAGACAUGCUUUUUGUAUCACGCAUCUGCUACCAGGGACCUCAGUCGAUACCAUGCUUGUGUGAAUGAGGCUUAUUUUUGAUGUUCAUGGCAACUUUAACUGUGUGUGUGUGUGUGUGUGUGUGUCUGUGUGUGUGUGUGUGUGUGUGUGUGUGUUUGAGAGGGUGACAGAGUGCUGGCAGGAGCUGACAUGUAGUGGGAGAGUGUGGAGGUUAAAAAGCUUGUGUGAACUGUGGAGUCAGAGCUUGAGUUUUGGGCAUGAGCACCCAUCCCCCUCACUUCAGGGAAAUGUCCCUUUUGGUUUCAGAUACAGGACUUACUCAAAGUCUGUAUCCUCUUUCCAACCCCCUCUUGUAUUCAGUAUGAUAAUCCUAAAUUUUCUCUUCCCCUCUGCUGGCUGCUUUAUCAGUCCUCCCCCUCUCUCACAUUGUCGCCAUCAAUAUAUGGCACUCUCAGUGGAGGAAAACGGCUUUAGAUCUUCUUUAUUUCUGCUACUCUCCACCCACUCAGGGAAUCCAGCAGUACAAAUGGGGUCAGGUCUGGGUUAUUAAUUAAUGUACGUCAUUAAAAAUAAAUGCACGCCUUCGUUUGUGUUUGUUCUCACGUACGGUGAGGAGAUAAAAAAUGGGAAUCUUGCCGGUGUACCGCUUGGCCCCCGGCCUCGCCUGGACUGAUUUGGCCGUAACCGGAGCCUGCUGGCCUCUAGGUGUCUGAGCUCUUCCUCGCUGAAUAUUUCAUCAGGGUAGUUACAUGGGAAACUGCAUCAGCUCUGCCGUGGGUGGCCUUGGUGUAGUGCUGCUUAUCCAUGGGGCAGAUACAAUGGAGCUGAUUUUGUUUACUUUCAUGAUUAUUUCCAUUGAUGGGAAACCACCUCAGGAGCUUUUCGUUGUUCGGUCAAUAAGUAGUGGCACUUUUUUAAAAACGUGAAUGCGUGCAUGUGUGUGGAUUACUCUGUGUUUUUGUGUUCUUGUAUUUCCAGCUCUUUAAAAACAAGAAUUCACUCUUCUGGAGUAGAGGACCUGAUUUGUUAUGUGAGGCCGAUUUUUUUUUUCUUAAGGAGAAAAGUGCAGAUUACAUUUGAGUUACAGUUUAGAUUUACAUCAGGUUAGGAAAAAUGACUUGGAUAUAUGUUUAUAUGCACUAAAAAAAACAGGUUAUGCAUUCAACUUGAAACUGAGGUGUAAAUGUGAUCAGGCUGGUGAUCAGACUUCUCCUUUGCUACAUUACACAACAGUCUUUUGUAACUGUUGUGGUAUAACAAUAUGCUGUUUCAUGGUGAAUGUGCUCAACAAGCAGAUCUCCAGUAUUGUCAUACGACACAUGUAGACCUUUGGUGGUUUCUUUGUGUCAACUUCAGUCACGCUUGGAUGGAUUUAUUUUGAACACCAAGGAUGUAUCUAACAAGCGAACUCCCUUAUUCUCAACUCUGAGGUCAGGCACAUGUAAUAAGAAACCCAGCGAGACAUCUGCAUGACCAAGAAGUCUGUUAAAAGCUAGCUUGACAAAUCAGCCUACCACAGAAAGCAGACCGAAGCUUUGUUGCUUAGGUGCUUAAAAAAAAAUGCAUUCGAUAUUAUACACUGACUGGAGUUCUCACAGAAUGAAUUGCACUUUUCUCUUUUGUCCCCUUUGUGAUCAUUCAAAUGAAUUUGCUCCACUAAACCCCUGUUAUUUCCUGAGCCCUGGGUUAAGCGCCGAGUCCGGGAUUAUUCUUCUUUGGGAACACACACACGGACAGCUGCGGCCAUCAGCGAGGCCUUGUUCUUCCUAUGACGCUGCUUUCUGGUCCAUACAGAGUUUUCUCGGAGGACACUGCAGUGCGCUGGCAGCACGUACAGCAGAUCUCUCCACAAGCAUACCCUGGCGUACUUGAGUAUGCUGAAAAUAUAACGGCAUUAGACUAGAAUUAGGAUUAAGAUAAAACUGCAGGCUACAGUUUCACAGUCGCUGGUGAGAUUAUAGAUUACGGUCCUCACAAGCAGAAAAAAAAAAAAGAGUAUCCUCACACAUGCAAGGAUAUGGAAAGGAGAGCAUGAGUAAGCUUGUUUCCCUACCAAGUUUUGCAGCGUGCUUGUACGUAGGUGGCCAUGUGGUUAAGUGUCUGUGAAUGCUGCCAGUAAAUAGAUGCUCCAAUAUGUCUCUGAAUAUGUCUUGGCAGCCAUAUGAACCACUCUGCUGCCGAGUGGGAGAAGUGCAGAGGAGUAGGAGGGAAAGAAGAUGGGAGGCCUGACCUUGCAGAUGAUUCAGUCAAUGGAGUAAUCACAACUAUUCCUCUGAGUCCGCACUACAAACGAGAGGUUACUGACGAGGCAGCGCUCACUUUUGCUGUCUCUUCUUCUUAUUCUCCACAUUUAUCUCCUCCGUCUGUCUGUCAGUUGGCAUCUUUUUUUUUGCCUGGGCGGAAUUGUUGGAUCUGGUUGUGUAGAUGAAAGUGGUGGUUGCUGUUGUUGUUGUUGGUGGUGUGUGUGUGUUUGGAUGGGCGUGCAUGUGUUUAUGUAAAGGAACUUUGACACAGCAGCUGUUUUAACCAACGUGUCCAUGUUUCAUGUCUCAUGAACUGUAGAGACGCCUGGAUAUCUAAGGAUUUUUUUCCCCCUCUCUCCUAUGCAAAUUAGAUGAUAUCCCAUAAUGCACAUUUAUUAUUUGUGUUGUGUAAUUAAUGUUUGUUCUCCAUCUCUGUGACAUAUGGAUAUUUUUUUCCCAUAAAGCUAUUAUUUCGGGAGAUUUUUUUUAAAGUCCUGGGAUAAAUGAGAAAGAUAUUGCUACAUUUUCAUUGUGUUUUUACAGCCUUCCUUUAUUGUGUUUUAUUAUCCACAACAUGGUACUAUGGUAGUGAAAAAAACUGAAAAAAAAAUUAUUAAUAUGUAAGCACUGUGCAAUUUUCCUUUUUACGACAGUGUGUCAUUAAGAAAUGUUUCUGCUGUUCUCUGUACAUACAAUAUGAACCAUUUUUUCAGCGAAUAAAUUGAGGGUAGUUUCAGUCCUUGUAACAAUAA